GUUUUCCAUGUUUAAAUAUAAAAAAAUUAAACUUGAACGUCAAUUAAAUACAGAAUUUAUAACAAAGGAUGAAAUAUUUGAUGAAAAUGUUUUAGAACAGCAAUCAAUUCAAAACGAAGAUUCACAAACUAUCAUGGGGUCUUAUAAUUUAAAUUCUUCCCAUCAAUUUGAAAAAACAAUAGCUGACCAAUGUAAUUUAAAUUUACUUGAACUCAUCGAAGAAGAAGAAUCUGAUGCAGAAGAUGAAAUAAGUGAUCACAACACAGGUACUGAACAGUCUGACUUAGACAACUCUGACGAUGAUGGUGGAGUUGAAGAUGAAAACAGAAAAAAAUAUAAUUUUUUAUUGGGUAAAGAUAAAGAAACCAAGUGGGGCCUUAAUCCACCAAAUAAAACGAUUGAAACGACAAAAGAAAAUAUUAAUACGUAUCUACCAGGUGUGAAUGGUCCUGCGAAACAAGUAAAAAAUAUAGUUGGUAUAUGGAAGUUAUUUUUCCCAUUAUCAACUGUACAAGAGAUAGUAACAUUCACCAACGCUUACUUGGAAAAAUUAAAGCUGGAAGCUAAAUAUAAGCGAGAUGUACGAACUACUAAUGUCAAUGAAAUAUAUGCUUUAAUUGGUUUGCUAUAUUUAAUUGGUUUGAAACAUGGAUCACAUUUUACUUUGAAAGAAUUGUGGUGUUCAGAUGGGACAGCACCAGACAUUUUUCGAAGUGUGAUGAGUUUGCAAAGAUUUAACUUGUUGUUAAGAGCAUUGCGAUUCGAUGACUUCAAUAGUCGUGAAGAAAGGAAGGCGUUCGACAACUUAGCUCCAAUUCGAAAAUUCAGUGAUGAUUUUAUUGACAGAUGCCAAAACUUAUACACACCAGGAAAAUUUUUAACUAUAGAUGAAAUGUUAGAGAGUUUCCGGGGCCGGUGUAAAUUUCGUCAGUAUAUUGCUAACAAACCUGCUAAAUAUGGAAUCAAAAUCUAUUCAUUAGUUGAUUCUAAAACAUUUUAUACUGUAAAAAUGGAAAUUUACGGAGGAAAACAGCCUGACGGACCAUAUAAAAAAUCGAAUAGCGCAUUUGAUUUGGUUAAAAGAUUGAGUUCGCCAAUACUCAAUACUGGUCGUAAUAUAACGAUGGAUAAUUAUUUUACCUCAGUGCCUCUAGCUCAAGAUUUAUUAAAAAAUCACAAGACAACAAUCGUAGGAACAAUUAGUAAGAAUGAAAGGGAGUUGCCUCCUGAGUUUUUGGUGACAAGAAAGAGGCCUGUUGCUAGUAGUCAAUUUGCGUUUACUGAUAAUUGCACUUUAGUAUCUUACGUUCCUAAAAAGAAUAAAAAUGUUCUUGUUUUAUCAACAUUGCAUUACUCGAAUCAAAUAGACGCGAAUUCUGGAGAAAAAAUGAAACCCGAAAUGAUCACAUUUUACAAUUCUACAAAAGGAGGCGUGGAUACAGUUGAUGAGUUAAAAGGAAUUUAUACAACGGCCCGAGAGACUAAGCGUUGGCCUAUGGUAAUAUUUUACUCAUUUUUAAACAUAUCUGGUAUAAAUGCGCAAAUCAUUUAUAAAGAUAAUAAUUUAACGAAUCAAAACUUAAAUCCAAACCUUACACGACGUGAAUUUUUAAAAACUUUGUCAUUAGAGUUGAUUCAGCCUCAUCUUCUUGAUCGUCUCAAAGAAACAAGAUUAACAAUGGAACUUCGACAAACUAUUAUGAAAAUUACUAAAUUAAAAACGGGCGUUGUGCCUGAAGAAGAUGUUAUAACGCCAUGUUCAGAUGAAACAGGAAAGGAUGGGUUUUGUUCGUAUUGUCCACGGCGAAAAAAUCGUAAAACUAAAAAAAAGUGCAGGCAGUGUUCAUUACCUGUUUGCAAUGAACAUGUGGCCUUUCUCUGUAUGAAGUGUGAAACUAAAAUGAUUGACAAUUUUACCGAAUGUUAAUUUAAUAAAUAAAACCAAAUGUUAACUAAUAAUUAUUUAUCGAUAAUGUUUAUUGACAUCUGAUGUCUCUCUUUUACGUUAUGAGCUGUGAUUUCUAGUCAAUACAAUUUAACUUAGUUAUGUAAUUGACAGUUGUAUUGAAAAUAAUAAAUUAUUUAUUACGCACUACG